AUGACGUCGGUAGCACACGCAAAAGUUUCACUGUUUAUGCUGGUGCGUGAACGAACGCAGGCGUUUGACGGGUACGGCAAACGCGUUCUAGACAACGCUGUCCAGGGAGCAUCGCAACAGUCGCUCGACGAGCUCGUAAUGGCAUUUCUUGAUAAGCGACUGGCCACAAUUAUACCGGAUCGAGUUGCUGUAAGUUGCCGCACGUUUAGUUGCCGCGUGGCGAUCGGGUUGCUGUCGCGCGAAUACGAUGCAGACAUUGCCGAAGCAAUAGCGCGGAAGAACGCGCGAGCACCAGUUCUGCCGCUUGACGAUGCGAUAAUUGCAGAGUUAUACCGCGCGCCACGGAAGCGCACUCGGCGCGUAGGCGAGACAUCCGAAUCACCCCCGUCACCACCGCGGAAGCGCACGCGGCAUGACUAA